AUGUCUGAUCAAGAUAUUCAUCCAAGUAAAUACAGUGAAUUACGAAGUAUCUACAAAUACCACAUCGAUUCAUAUAUUGCGUUGUAUAGGCUGAAAACUGAAAAUAAAGAAGAUUUAAACUCAAUUUACAAAAUGAUCAAAACAGAAUUGAUUGAUUCAAAGAAAUAUCCACCCAAAAAUAUUAUAAGAGAUAUUUUAAAAAUUAUUCCGUAUAAAAAUGGCUAUACAAAGUCAUAUUUAUACCUUGCCAAACUCAUUUCUAAUGAAUAUCAUGUCAAAGAAGUCAAUAAUGUUGAAUUUAUUUCAAACUUCCUGUUUUAUAAAGAAUAA